UAGAUAAAAGAAGCCACCUGUGAUUUUGAAAAUGUAUACAAAAACUUCCUAGAUAAAGAAAUACCAGAUUUGGCAGCCAAUCUUUAGCAAUGGACCCAGAAGCAACCUCGGUUUAUUUGGAUUAUUUCUAUGCUACCAGCAAAAAUCCUGAUCUUGAGGACACCCACUCCCAUGUUCCUUAUACGUCGAUCUUCCUUCCAGUCUUUUACACAGCUGUGUUCCUGACUGGAGCAUUGGGGAACCUCAUCCUCAUGAGCGCCUUGCAUUUCAAACGGGGCAGCCGAAGACUGAUUGACAUCUUCAUCAUCAACCUGGCCGUGUCUGACUUCAUUUUUCUUGUCACAUUGCCUCUCUGGGUGGAUAAAGAAGCUUCUUUAGGACUGUGGAGGACAGGCUCCUUCCUGUGCAAAGGCAGCUCCUACAUGAUCUCAGUCAACAUGCACUGCAGUGUCUUCUUGCUCACCUGCAUGAGUGUUGACCGCUACCUGGCCAUCAUGUGCCCAGCCAUAUCCAGGAAAUUCAGAAGGAGAGACUGUGCCUAUGGAGUCUGUGCCAGCGUCUGGUUUAUCUCCUGCCUGUUGGGUUUGCCUACUCUUCUGUCCAGGGAACUCACCCUGAUUGAUGGUAAGCCAUACUGUGCAGAGAAGAGGGCUACAUCCACGAAACUGACUUGGGCCCUGGUGGCCUUAAUUUUUACCUUCUUCGUCCCUUUGGUGAGCAUUGUCACCUGCUACUGUUGCAUAACAAGGAAGCUGUGUGCGCAUUACCAACAGGCGGGGAAACAUAACAGAAAGCUGCGGAAAUCCAUAAAGAUCAUCUUUAUUGUCGUGGCAGCCUUUGUCUUCUCCUGGCUGCCCUUCAAUACUUUCAAGCUCCUGGCCAUUGUCUCUGGGCUGCAGCAAGAAGUCUACUUUUCAUCAGCUUUUCUCCAGCUGGGCAUGGAGGUGAGUGGGCCUCUGGCAUUUGCCAACAGCUGCAUCAACCCUUUCAUUUACUAUAUCUUUGACAGCUACAUCCGCCGGGCCAUCGUGCACUUCUUGUGCCCUUGUGUGAAGAACUAUGACUUUGGGAGCAGUACAGAGACAUCAGAUAGUCACCUCACUAAGGUUCUCUCCAACAUCAUUCAUGCAGAGGAUGUUGCCAGAAGAAGGAAGAGGUCUGUAUCACUCUAAAAGUGACUGUGACAUUUCAAUCUCUGUUCAUAGACUGGGGAGUUAAUUGGUGUCAGCAACAAAGAGGAAAAGUGUUGCUGAUACCAUUCAUAGUGCUUCAUAAAUACAAGAAGAGUUUAUUUUUAA